AUGGCUCGCAAGAUUUUAUGUGUGGCCGAGAAGCCUGCCAUUGCUCGCGCAGUGGCAACUCACCUGUCGGGUGGUGCUUUUCAAACACGUGCAAUUCGUGGAAAUCAAUAUGUGAAAAACUAUGAAUUUGAUUUCGAUUUUGGUGGUGCUUGGGGAAAUUGCUCGGUCACUAUGACCAGCGUAGUCGGCCAUUUAACCGGUCUGGACUUUGACCGCCAGUACAAAGGCUGGAUGUCCUGUCCUCCGGGGGCACUAUUUGAGGCUCCUGUGCAAGAGACUGUUGAUAAGGACAAGCUACCAAUUGCGGAUAACAUCCGGGAUCAAGCCAAGUACUCGAAAGCCCUCUUUAUUUGGACCGAUUGUGAUCGCGAAGGUGAGCAUAUUGGUUCUGAGGUCCGUAAUCAGGCGAAAGCAGGAAAUGCUCGGAUCGAGGUUAAGCGAGCCAAGUUCAGCAACACAGAAAGCGCACAUGUCCGCCGUGCCGCUCUAGAGCCAGUCAAUCUGGACGAAUAUCAGGCUAGUGCUGUAGCUGCCAGAAUCGAGCUGGAUCUCCGAAUCGGCGCUGCAUUUACCCGCCUACAAACUCUACAACUACAAACAGUGGUGGCAGCGUUGAAGGAAAAAGUAAUUAGCUAUGGUAAGCUAUCAACUAUUAUGAACACAAGUAAACACAUUAACGAGUUAGGAUCUUGCCAAUUUCCUACUUUAGGAUUCGUUGUCGACCGAUACUUGAGAGUCAAAAAUUUCAAACCAGAAACAUUUUGGGGCAUCAAGGUCAUACUCAACCGUGAAGCCAAGAAGGUCAACUUUCUCUGGAAGCGGGUACAUUUGUUUGACCGAGCGGUUGUGACGAUGAUGUUAGAGCGAUGUUUGAUUGCGAAACAAGCCAAAGUCACGAAAGUGAACCAGAAGCCUACAAGCAAAUGGCGGCCGCUGCCCUUGACUACAGUUGACCUACAAAUGAUGGGCAGUCGAUUUCUUCGUUUAGACAGUCAGACUAUCAUGAAGGUGGCAGAAGGACUUUAUACCAAGGGAUUCAUCAGCUAUCCUAGAACUGAGACAGACCAGUUUGACAAAGCAAUCGAUCUGAAGAAAUUGGUCGAGAAGCAAUACCCCGACAGCUCAUGGGGCCAAUAUGCUCGCGAACUUAUUGAUGGGAAGUUCAGGACCCCUCGCUCUGGCCGCCACAACGACAAGGCCCAUCCACCUAUUCAUCCUGUCAGUUGGGUCUCGCCAAGUCAAUUGAAUGCCAAUGAAAAGAAGGUCUAUGAAUUUGUCGCUCGUCGAUUCCUGGCCUGCUGUUCUGAUGAUGCGAAGGGCCAGAGCACAGAGGUUGAGAUUCAAUAUGGUGACGAAUCCUUCCACACCAAUGGUCUUAUUGUGUUGGAGAAAAACUAUUUGGAUAUAUAUGUCUACGACAAGUGGGAAAGCAGCCAGCAACUUCCUAAAUUUGAACUAGGGGAGCUCUUUGAGCCCAGCGAGGCCAAUAUUUUCGAAGGCAAAACAACUGCCCCAAACUAUCUGACUGAGCCCGAACUCAUUGGCCUGAUGGAUGCCAACGGAAUUGGUACAGACGCCACAAUGGCGGAACAUAUUGCUAAAAUCAAAGAACGGGAAUACGUGGCCAUAAACCAACGAGGCAGUGGCCGCAGCUCAGUGCAGGAAUUUAUUCCAACUCGCUUAGGGGUUGCCCUUGUGGAAGGGUAUGACAAUGUUGUUGAGGGUCUCCCUAACAGUGUGUCUCUCAGUAAGCCGUUCCUCCGCAAGGAAAUGGAAUUGAGCAUGCUUCAGAUCUGCUCAGGCACCAAAACUCGACAGGAGGUCGUCCAGCAGAGUCUAGACAUGUACCGAGAAGUCUUCAUUCACACACAGAGACGCAUCAACAUGCUGAAAUCUGCCUGUCGCAAGUAUCUUGUUGAAGAAAACGGCUCAUGA